AUGACGCCGCCGGUGCCACUUCUGCUCCUGACCGCGGCGGCAUCAUGUCUCGCGGCCCUCUCUUUCGCUCGCACCGCCACUGCCGGACUGACCGGCACAUCUGUCCCUCUCGACGCCUCCCAAGUCCCGGCUCUUCAGGACUGCCAGACGGAGUGGAACGUGGUGAUGCCGACGUGGAGUGCGGGACAGGACUGCGCCGUGGCGAAUUAUGUGGGAACUGAAGCCCAAUGGGAGAAGCCCAGAGGCAUUUUGUGUGAUUUCAAUGGCAUGGUCACCGCUCUGUGA